AUGAAAGACUACUCCGAACUUGCAACACGACUGGUGGGCAGUGGUGGUGAUACKAGUAUAUUAGCUGCGAACAGCCACAACAUUAUCAGACCUCGACUAAGAGUGACAUCCAGCGUACAGUUUAUUCCUGCCAUCUCGAUCAUGGAUGACCAGAAAGGAUUUGUAAAUGUCAACCUAAACUCGAACGAGUUUAUAUCGUCUCAGUCUAUUGACCAACCAAAUAAUUCGAAUACUAGAAWCACCGAAGGAUUGUCUAUAACAUACGGCAUUGACGAUAAUCCACCAUGGUAUUUAUGUAUCUUCAUGGCUCUACAACAUUACCUUACAAUGAUUGGUGCUAUUGUAUCGAUCCCAUUUAUUUUAACGCCAGCUCUAUGCAUGAAGGAAGAUGAUCCUGCCCGAGGUCAUAUUAUAUCAACUAUGAUAUUUGUAACAGCUAUAGUGACGUUUAUACAAGUUACAUUUGGUUGCAGACUUCCGAUUGUACAAGGAGGAACGAUUUCAUUUCUCGUACCGACAUUGGCAAUUUUAAAACUACCACAAUGGAGGUGUCCCUCUAUGGAAAGUAUCGUCGAAAUGACAUCUUAUGAUCAAGAAGAACUUUGGAAAGUGCGAAUGAGAGAACUUUCAGGGGCAAUAGCUGUAUCGGCUUUAUUUCAAGUGUUUCUUGGAUAUUCCGGUCUUAUUGGCAAACUAGUCAAGUACGUGACACCGCUGACAAUCGUGCCGACAGUAUCACUGGUGGGCCUAUCUCUGUUCGAAAACGCUGCCGAAUCGGCUUCCAAGCACUGGGGCAUAUCGAUGGGAAUAAGCAAGCCAAUUAAACUCAAGCAGCCAUUGAAAUUGGAAUUUUAAACCUCUUUUUUUAUUUAUGCUGCAUAAGGGAAAUUUAUAUGUAGCCAGUGGUACCCAUACUUUAGUUAACGCCUAAAUAUGUAUUACAAUAAUAAUGAAAAAAAAAAUUUUAAUCUUUAAUAAAAUCUUAAAGCAAUAACUUACAGAAUAUUUUUCAUCAUCUGUUAAAUCACGAUUAACAAAUAUACCUAUGUCAUUUACAUGCGGCAUGCUUUCAAUCUAGUAAAGCAAAAAUUAUAAACAUGSCUUACUAUUUAAGUACUACACUAUUUUAAAAAUAAAAAUAAAUGUUAUUUACCUGAUCAUGA